UCCAGAAUACCAAAUAGAAGCCAUCAUUUCCAAUCCUUCAAAAUGAUGGUUCAAAGACAGCGAAGGACCCGUGAGGUGACGGGUCCAACGCCUCACUCAGUUGCCAUCAAAGCAAGACCACCAAAUGUCAAACCACCAGAAUAUUUAAUACUGGAGAGAAGAAAAAAGGAAGAUAUGCUUGAAAAUUACAGAAAAAACACACAAUAUAUGGAAUUUAAUGACCUGAAAAAUGAAUGGGAAAGGUCAACUGACAGAAAAAUCAAAUUAAACACAGUAAAACGGAAAGUGGAUGGUCUCUUGUUAGCUAGUCAGUUUACGAUUGAGGAUAGGAGAGAAAGGUUAAGAGCAAUGCUUAGAGCAGAAGAACAGGGUUACCUAAGGGAAAUGGAGGCUCGAGAGGAAACAGUUUUGGAACGUCAAGCCAAAAUGAGGGAACGUGCCAAAUUUUUGAAAGAUAAAAGAGAAGACGAGAGACUGCAAUUUGUUCAACAAAAAUAUGAUCAACAGUUCAGAAACCAGUGUGAAGAGUUAAGGUCAACAAUAUCAAAAAGACAACAGGAUGAAGUAUGUGUAGAUAGACUGGAACAGCUUAGAAUCAAGGAACAACUUGAGAAAGAGAGGAAAGAACAUGAGGCCUUGUAUGCCAAGCUCUGGGAGGAAGACAUGUUGAAAAAGGCUGCUCGUGAGGAGAGAGAUGCUCAGUCAGCACACGAGAGAAACCAGGAGGUGUUGUCAGUCCUCAGGAAGCAGAUGGCAGCACUGGAGGAGCAGAAGGAGGCAGCUCGACGCCUCAAAGAAGAGGAGGCACAACUUCUGAGGGAACAGAACAUUUUAAGGCAAAUGGAAGAAGCUAAAGCCAGGGAAGAAAAGCUCAGACAACAGCAGGAAACCAGAGAUGUGUUGGACCUCUCUCUGAAACUGAAGAUGAAGAAGAAAGCCAAGGCAGAACAGGAACAGUUGGCCUUUGACCUCAAGAUUCUGGAGCAACUAUUGGAGGAAUCUAGGAAUGAGGCUAUGGAACAGUUACAGAGGAAGAGAGAAUUACGUGAAGAAGACAGACGGUACAGGGAGUAUUUACACCAGCUGAUGGAGGAGGAGAAAAUCAAGGAGCGAGAACUAGAGAAGCUGGUCAAUGAAGAAGUGGAGAAGAUGUGGCAGAAGCGUCUGAACCAGUGGCAGCUGGAGAGACAAGCCAGAAAGAAACUUUUACAAGACGUAAUGGCAGGCAGAGCUGUACAGAUCCAAGAGAGAUUGGCUGAAAAUGACAGGAAGCAGAGGCAAGCUGAAGCAGAAAGACAAGAAUUACUAAACACCAUUGAGGAGAAUCGUCGUCUAGAAGAACAACAGGCAGCCAAACUGUGGGAGAAGAACUACAACUACCAGAGAGACCUAGAGGGACAGAUUAUAUACAACCACAGACUCCGUGAGCAGGCACAACAGAGGGAGGCAGAGGAAUUCAUGUUGGGAAUGCAGGCAGAGAGAGAAUACCAGGUCCGACUGAAAGACUGUCUGGAUAAUGCCGAGUAUGAUAAACUCCACCCCCUCAGGAGGGCCAUGCAAAAUAGUGCUCACUAAGAAGAAAUCAACAGUAUCGAUUUUUUUCUUUGAUUGUUGAUAACAUUUUUUGAAAUGUUUGAAUUUGAAUUAUUAUUCAAUAAAAAAAUUGUGUUGGUAAAUGAAAAAUGCCUUUAAAUGUAUGCAGGUAUAGUGUGAGUACAAAACACAAGAAAGCACUGUUGUAUAUGCUAGAACCUGUUUACCUAUAAAUAAAUUUGUCCUAGAAAGAAAAGAAAAUUGAAAAUAUUUCUUCAAUCCUUUAAGGAUUGUUCAUCAAAUUUUAACAGUUUACCCAGUUUCUGUGACUUUUUAUAAUAAGUCAGUGAUUAUAAAUUAUAUUAGUGUUUUAGAUAUUUUUUUCAGUGGAGGAAUGAUUGAGAAUGAGGAUAUGAUUGGAUGAAUGAUCUGAGAGAGGUGUGGUUGAGUAGAUGUUACACUUUUUUUAUUUGGCAUGCAGGGAUAAGGAAAUGAAAGGGGAGUGUAUGAGGAAUGGAUUAGCCAGUGUUAGUAUGAUACUGACUGGGGAAUUCUGUCUUAAAUGACUAAAUGCCUGCAUUUACUGUGAUAUGCUGUAAAUAUUAUUUACCAGGUAACCACAUUAGACACCCUACAUUAAGUUUACAUGUAUUUACACAAACUUUACAUAUCAAGGUCAUUGUAAAAUUAUAUGUUACUGAUUUUAUUCUAUACGAUUUAAUGCAUGUGUGAAGUCUGAGUUUUUUUUCUCUUGUCUGUUAAACUCUUAAUGCAUUACAAUUUUUUUAAGUGUUAUUUUCAAUGUUUGUGUUAAAAUGUC